AUGUAUGUGCUAGCGGUUCGUCCACGGCUAGUGUACGUCAACGCACGUCUGAUCACGCGAAAGCGUCCGUUUAUGAACCAUGCUUCCAGACUCUUGAAGAAUGGAGCUCCAGGGCGUUUGAUCCGAAAUGGAACCUCUCCAAAACCAGCACGUAAACAUGCGGUUGCCCUUGUUUCUGGAGUUAUAAUUGUGGGAUCUUAUAUCAGUUUCAACCAAUCAAACUACUUUAGUCUCGACUCGGUUCCAUCGUCUGGGUCCGGUUCAGGAAUUGGAUCCGGUGUUCCUUCGCCGGCUAGUUUCCGCAAUAGAAUGUUGUCUGGGGUUACCGGCUCAUCGAAUUUAGCCGACGACGGAGGCCAGCGGCUUUUUUCUACAUCUACAUCGUCGAUAAAGAACAAAGAUGGCAUUGGUCACCAGCAGCAUAAAGAGGGAGUAUUCUUGCUCAAUGAAGAACAGGUAAGUAACAAGUUGCGUCAGUUUGAAGAAAGCUAUCAUGUCGAGCGCGGCAAGGGUGUUACUAGAUAUGAUAUCUGUCAGUUGCCCUCGAAUCUGCCCAUCGAGGAUGAUCGCGCCGAGGAGAUUGUUCAGGUGCCCAUUCUUCAAGAUAACAAUGUCAAGGCAUCCACGGACUGGAUGUUCUUUGGAGUGUUUGAUGGCCAUGGCGGUUGGACUACCAGCAGCAAGUUGCGCGACCAGCUCAUUUCUUAUGUGAUCCACGAACUCGGCACUAUCUUCCGUCCUACCAAUGAGGACCCCAGCUUGCGUUACGUGCCCAAUAGUGCCAGCAUUGACCAAGCAAUCAAAAACGGCUUUUUGAAGCUUGACCAUGAAAUCGUCCACAAGAGCAUAGAGCGCUUGUUGACCGACAACAGCAAGGCAAAGGCAGCAGAGUUGUUGAUGCCCGCAUUAUCGGGCUCAUGUGCACUUCUUUCCUUCUACGAUACCAACUCAAAGUUGCUUAAAGUGGCCGUCACUGGUGACUCCAGGGCCAUCUUGGGGUCUUUCAGAGACAACAAGUGGACAGUACGCCAGUUGAGUAUAGAUCAAACGGGGUCCAGUCCAACAGAAGUUGCCCGAAUAAUCUCGGAACAUCCAGAUGAACCAAAUGUGGUUCGUAAUGGCCGUGUUCUUGGAACGUUAGAACCAACCAGAGCGUUUGGUGACUGUCGUUACAAGCUUCCCGCCAGUAUCCAGGAGAGAAUUUACAAACAAUUCUUUGGCAAACGACUUCCAAACAACUUGACCUCUCCACCAUACGUUACGGCAGAACCUGUCAUCACCACAACGAAAAUGAGCCCCGAGAAUAACGACUUCUUGGUGAUGGCCAGUGAUGGCUUGUACGAGAUGUUGACCAACGAAGAAAUCGUGGGUCUUGUAGUCAAAUGGAUGGAAAAGGAGAAGAUGAUUAAACCUCAAAAAACGUUUUGGAACUACUUUGGUCUGUCGGAGAGUAAGCUUCCUGAAGUGGCAGAUGUCACGAACGACAAGAGCUCGAAACGGCCAAACAGAAAGGCAAAGAAUACUAGCAUCACCGACGGAUAUUUGCUUGAAGACAAAAACGUAUCCACGCAUCUUAUUCGGAACGCCCUUUCAAAUGGAGGCUUCAAGGAGCAGCUAUCAAUGUUGAUUUCGAUUCCAAAUCCAAUCUCUCGUCGGUACAGAGAUGAUUUGACUGUCACCGUGGUCUUCUUCGGCACGCAACCCAAUGGUCCCAACGAAGAAGGAAAGUUGGCGACAAACAUGGAGGCCACUGCUGGCGGCGUAGAUGCCUCUAAACCUAAGCUUUAA